GAUGGUUGUUCCUGUUCCAUUUCGCCGUUGGGUGCAUGUAAAGCAUCGGAAUCCUCAAACUCUACAUGGAGGGUUUUACUGUCUUCUACCUAUUCGUGGCCAAAGGGUGAUUGCUGCUGUUGGAAGGUAUUGACAUGGUGGACAGCUGGAGUAUAAAGCUUAUAGUAUGUUUGUGCGUGAAUAUAGAGAUGUAUUGGGUUUGGGUGAUAAUUUGAUAUGGGCUGUACGUGAUGAUUUAGUCAAAUGGUUGGAUGCUCUCGUGCAUAAUUCAUUCGUACGCUAUAGCACUCCAGAUGUUGACCGAUGCUGGUAUAUUAAGCGUAUCUCACAACUCCUUGUGUUUGCUCCUACCAUGCUGCUACCCCAAAGUUUAUGGAGUUCUUUCGAAGGGAUUGCUAGAAGCACUUGGAUUUUGUUAAGACAUGGGUCUAAGGCUUGGCCUAUUCAAGUUGUGGAUACUGUGAUGCGGAAUGGUUGGCAUGAGUUUCGUACAACCCAUGGCAUCGCAUCUAACUAUAAGCUUAUUUUAAUGUGUGAACGGAAGUGGGUGUUCAAUGUGAUAAUCCUUGAUGAAAAUGAUAUUGAAGUGUCAUAUAACUGGACAAUGUUAGUAAAUGAACAUUGGCGUGAAUUCCACUCUGUUCAAGGUAAUCUCAUAACUGCUUGUUCACCGUCAACAAUCCUACGUAAUUUACCGCUCAUAAAGUCAGGUUAUUGCUGCAUCCCAGAAGUGAAUUAUCUGCAGGAAUUCCAAACGAGGCUUGAACCUGUGCUUGAAGACCUAAACUUGCAGAGUAUUUCAGUUCGGAUGGGAAAUAGAACUUGGAGGAUAUCUAUUGAUAGUGGAUAUCUGAAUGCUGCUAUGUUCAAUCUUUUCUUGAAUGCUUUGCAACUUCAGCUCUAUGAUUAUCUCUUCAUCACUAUGCUGCCAAACCUUGAGAUUACAGUUGUCAUCCUCGAUGGUGGAAAUGGUAGCGCAAGGAUCUACGACUCAGUUUAG